GAACCAAGGAAAUUCAGAUACUUGUAGCCUGAAAAACAAGGGAUCCCGAAAAGAUUUUCACAAGAUGCUUCAAAAACAAACAUUUGAAUCAGAAACAUUGGAUUCCAGCGAUGCAAACUUUCAGGUGGGGCCCCGACACGUCCACACGCUCCCUGAGGAGGCCUCAAGGGCGACCCUGGCCUCCUCUGACUUCGACCUGCGCAGCCUGCAGCCGGACCCCCGCCUGGAAAACCUGCUGCGGCACAUCAGCGCCGAGGCGUUCGAGAGGCAGAACGAGGAGGCACGGCGCACCAACAGGCACGCCGAGCUCCUCGCCCUCUACCCCUCCGUGGAUGAGGAAGAUGCAGUGGAGAUACGUCCGGUGCCAGAUUGCCCGAAGGAACAUCUGGGCAACAGGAUUUUGGUGAAGCUGCAGACUCUGAAGUUUGAUAUAGAGAUUGAACCUUUGUUUGCAUGCAUAGCUCUCUAUGAUAUAAAAGAAAGAAAAAAGAUCUCAGAAAAUUUUCAUUGUGACCUCAACUCUGAUUCAUUAAGAGGAUUCUUGCGUUCGCAUACACCCUCCAUUGACCUGUCUACUCAGGCAAGAUCAGCAGUAUUUUCUGUCACUUAUCCCUCAUCGGAUAUAUACCUAGUAAUAAAGAUAGAAAAAGUGCUUCAGCAAGGAGAAAUCGGAGACUGUGCAGAACCCUACAUGGUUCUCAAAGAAAGUGAGGCUGGCAAGACAAAAGAAAAGAUUGAAAAACUGAAAGCGCAAGCUGAAUCCUUUUGUCAGCGGUUGGGGAAAUACAGAAUGCCAUUCGCCUGGAUUCCCAUAAGCCUAACUAAUUUCUUCAACCUUUCAACAUUUGAACGAGAAAUACCUGAAGCCGAAGGCUUAAAUGGGAAAGGAUCGACUAGUGACAAGAGAGCAACACUGCUACAGGCGAGAAGACUUUCAGAGAGAAGUCUAAGCUCAGAGGACAGCUAUCCAGUAUCAAACUUCAGAACAACCUCUCUAACCCUCAGCACCUUCUUUAAACAGGAAGGAGACAGGCUCAGCGAUGAAGAUCUGUUCAAGUUUUUAGCUGAUUUCAAAAGAUCAUCUUCCUUGCAGAGAAGAAUUAAGACUUUACCAGGAACACUUAAACUGGAGAUUUCCCCUGCUCCAGAAAACCUUGGUUAUUGUCUGACACCAGAAUUACUACCAGUGAAGCCAUUUCCAGAAAACCGAAAUCGUCCUCACAAAGAGAUUUUGGAAUUCCCAAUUAGAGAAGUGUAUGUUCCCCAUGCCAUUUAUAGAAAUCUCCUCUAUGUUUACCCUCAGAGGCUGAAUUUUGCUAACCGACUGGCUUCUGCAAGAAACAUUACCAUCAAAAUCCAGUUUAUGUGUGGCGAAGACCCAUCCUGUGCAAUGCCGGUAAUUUUUGGGAAAUCUUCAGGUGCAGAAUUUGUGCAAGAAAUAUACACAGCUGUCACAUAUCAUAAUAAGUCCCCUGACUUUUAUGAAGAAGUGAAAAUUAAGCUGCCAGCAAAACUCACAGAGAAACAUCAUCUAUUGUUCACAUUCUAUCAUAUCAGCUGCCAGCCAAAGCAAGGAGCAUCUGUGGAAACCCUCCUCGGGUAUUCAUGGCUGCCGAUUCUAUUAAAUGAUCGUCUUCAGACUGGACAUUAUUGUCUUCCUGUUGCAUUGGAUAAGCUGCCAUUACACUAUUCAAUUCACUCUCCUGAGAAAGUUCCAUCUCAGACACCACCUAUUAAAUGGGUUGAAGGACACAAGGGUGUUUUCAAUGUUGAAGUGCAAGCUGUUUCAUCUGUUCACACUCAGGACAAUCACCUGGAGAAGUUCUUUACUCUGUGCCAUUCUCUAGAAAGUCAAGUGACGUUCCCCAUUAGACUGAUGGACCAGAAGAUUACAGAGGCUACACUGGAACAUGAAUUGAAACUCAGCAUUAUCUGUUUGAAUUCUUCACGCCUUGAACCUCUUGUCUUGUUUUUACAUUUGGUACUAGAUAAACUUUUCCAGCUGGCUGUACAGCCCAUGGUCAUAGCUGGCCAAACAGCCAAUUUCUCACAGUUUGCCUUUGAAUCUGUGGUUGCAAUAGUGAAUAGUCUCCACAACAGCAAAGACCUGAGCAAAGACCAACAUGGGAGGAACUGCCUCUUGGCAUCUUAUGUCUACUAUGUAUUUCGUCUGCCAGACCCUCAAAGGGAAGUAGUCAAACCAGGUGCAGGCAGCAGUGCCAUUUCAACAGAGUCUCGUUAUUACACCUUUGGACGCACUUCCGCAGUGUCUGUUGGCAGUAAACUCCUGCAGAGCCGAGUGAUAAGCUGCAGCAAUCCUGACAUCGCUGUUACACAAACUGCUACUGAUGAGGAGGUCAAAAACAUAAUGUCAUCCAAGCCUAUGGAUCACAGCUCCAGUCGGAUGUCUUUCUACGUUGAAGGGACAAAUGACGUGCCAGGUGUUUGUGCAAGCCUAAGGCCAUCCAAUAAAAAGCAUUUCCACGAGGAGCUGGCACUGCAGAUGGUGGUCAGCACCGGUAUGGUGAGAGAAUCUGUCUUCAAGUAUGCCUGGUUCUUCUUUGAGCUCCUGAUAAAGAGUAUGGCUCAGUAUGUUCACAACAUAGAAAAGCAAGACAACCCACGAAGGAGCCGGUUCUCCGAUCGCUUCAAAGAUGAUAUUACCACUAUAGUUAGUGUGGUUACUUCAGAGAUUGCUGCACUUCUAGUCAAACCACAGAAGGAAAGCGAGCAAGCAGAAAAAAUUAAUAUCAGCCUGGCAUUUUUCUUGUAUGAUCUUCUUUCUUUAAUGGACCGAGGAUUUGUGUUUAAUCUCAUCAAACAUUACUGUAAUCAGCUCUCCAACAAGCUGAAUUCACUCUCCACUCUGAUUUCCAUGAGACUGGAGUUCCUGAGGAUUCUCUGCAGCCAUGAGCAUUACCUCAACCUGAACCUCUUCUUCAUGACCUCCAUGUCAGCUCCAGCAUCUCCCUCCCCCUCCUUAUCUUCCCAGAACUCUAGCUCCUGCUCAAGUUUCCAGGACCAGAAAAUCGCUGGUAUGUUUGACCUCUCAGCCGAAUACCGUCAGCAGCACUUUCUAACUGGCUUACUUUUCACCGAAUUGGCAGCAGCGCUGGAUGCAGACAGUGAGGGGAUUGGCAAGGUGCAAAGAAAAGCUGUCAGUGCUAUCCUUAGCCUGCUGAGUUCCCAUGACCUAGACCCACGUUGCUCCAAAAAAGAGGUGAAGAUUAAAAUUGCAGCUCUCUACCUCCCUUUGGUUGGUAUCAUUUUGGAUUCACUGACACAACUCCAUGAUUUUACAAUUUCAGAUGCCCGUAGUGGAAAGGGACGCACAGGAAACCCAGAAGAAGAAGAGUCUGCAGGUGCAAUCAGUCAAAACGUGGCCCUUGCCAUUGCAGGGAAUCAAUUCAACCUCAGGAGCUCUGGAGUAUCUCUGGUGUCCCUGCCCUACAGACAGAGUGCUACAUUAGGUCCUGAUACUACUCGCAACCUUUUGAUCUGUUUCCUCUGGAUCAUGAAAAAUGCUGAUCAGAAUCUAAUACAGAAAUGGAUUGCAGACCUUCCAUCCAUGCAGUUGAACAGGAUUUUAGACCUCCUCUUCAUUUGUGUCUCUUGCUUUGAGUACAAGGGCAAACAAAGCUCAGAUAAAGUUAGCACCCAAGCACUCCAGAAGUCACGAGACGUUAAGGCCCGAUUAGAAGAGGCUUUACUGAGAGGUGAAGGAGCCAGAGGAGAAAUGAUGAAGCGCUGCAGAAUACCAGCUGGGAAUGACAGAUCAAUGGGGCUAAAUGAAAACCUGCGCUGGAGAAAGGAGCAGACUCACUGGCGGCAGGCAAAUGAGAGACAAGAUAA